AGAUGCAAUCUGAAAACGAUAACACACAUUGUUGAAACUGCAAGAAGUAAAAAAGCAGCUAACAUGAAGACCGUUUUUGUGUUUUUGUGCGUUAUUGUCGGCAUCUUGGCCCAAGACAAACCUAAACUCAUUGCCGAGGAGCAGAUGCUGGAACACAUCCAUGACGAGUGCCAGGCGGAUCCCAAGACAUUCGCCGACCACGACCUACUGCACAACCUCGCUGCCAACAUCGACAAUCCCCAAGUCGGUGCUCACAUGCUCUGCGAAUCAACCAAGGUGGGCCUCCAGAAGGAAAACGGAGAACUGGACAUCGAAACUAUCAAGAGCAAAAUCGGCCUUUCUGUUGAUGAUCCGAACAGAGUAGAGUUCUUGGUCAAGGAAUGUGCCAUUAAAAAGAAUACCCCGGAGAAGACUGCCAUCAACCUCUUCAUGUGCUUGGAUAAAAAUGGCGUAACUUACUUCCAUGAGUUUUAACUGAACAGUUUAACAGAUUUAAAAAUGUAUAAAUGUAUAUAGUAAAUAAACGAUUAUUGGAUUAUCGAAGUCA